AGCCAUUUUUUUUUUUUUUUGAGACGAGUUGCCCCUACAUAACAAAGCGUCGUCCGUGAUACCGUGAAACAAUCAACAUCGAAUUGCUCAACUCGUUCAACAUGCGUAACGUUCUUCUCCUUUCGUUGGUAGUUUGCAGUCUGUUUCUGUCUGGAAUGUGCGAAGAAGACGAUGAAAACGAUCAGAUAAUCGGUGGAACUUUGGCCCCUAAAGGCCAGUAUCCUUACAUGGUUUUUUUUAGGAACUCAGUUACAGGUAAGCUCUUUUGUUCUGGAACGUUGAUCACGGCGUACAAAGUUCUGACAACUGCGUGGUGUUUUCCAAGCUCCUUACCAGUUUUAGAUGUAACAGCUUGGAUGAACACUGUGUCACUAACUCCGGAUGUCGAUCGAGUAGUGCGCAGGGUCAUCAGAGUCGUUCGGGCACCCGAUUACAAUCCAGUAACCGGUUUGCAUGACAUUGCCAUAGUUACACUGGACGCACCUGUUUUUUCCGUACGGCCAGUGCCAUUGGCUUUCGGGGCUUACGUCAACGCUGGGAACACCGCAGUUAUUACCGGUUGGGGUUACACCGGUCCGUCGCAGCUAUCGACACUGCUACGCCAUAGCCCCAUUACCAUCCAGCCAAAAUCGCUGUGCAUGGCAUCGUUCAGUAACAGCAAUUUUGGCAGCGCCUAUUUCAUUUGCGCCGCAUCAGUUGGUGUCGGCUCGUGCUCGUUGGAUGCUGGCAGUCCCAUUCUGCUGAAUGGUAAUCAACUUGGCAUCAGCAGCCAAUCUCGUUGCGGUGGAGGAGAGCCCAUCGUUGGUGUUGAUGUUCGCGCAUAUCAACCCUGGAUUGUCAAAAAUCUCUGAAUGAUUUCCAUUUUGAAACAGUUUUCAAGCACAACUUGUCAUUAUAGUUGAUAACGAGUGGCAAAGGAAAUUCGAUCGUUAUUACAAUGAAGCAUACCAUUCA